CGAAAAUAGAAAAAAAAUACACAGAAUUUGUGUUUCCUAUACGUUUCUCUGAAUGCAUUUCAGAUGUUUGUUAUAUUAUUACGAUUUUGUUGAAUGUUGUACACCGAGCUGCGGACGAUCCGGUUGCGAAACCAUUUCCCUACAGGCUAGCCGUUCGGAAGCGAUACCGGAAGCACGGAAAGAUGCUUCCGGCUACGGGACUCUUUCGGACCAUCAAUUGUCCCUUCUACGAGAAAGAUCUCUGUACGAGGCCUUACUGCCACUUCAAGCACGCAAAAACAGUGCCGCCUGUUGUGAAAUACAGCGCUACCCCGAAAAGCUUGCUGAACCAAACGGGUGCGCCGAACCAGUCCGAUGGCGGUGAACCGAUCGCACGAAAGAAACCCAAGCUUGAGUACAUACCCGUGUCCACCGUUGCACCAAAGUAUGUUCCGUCCAGUGUUGCCAAACUGCAGGCCACCAAAACCGACGGGGAAAAGGCUGCAGAAAGCGAAUCUGCCGACACCAGCAAUCAAACUACGGACGUACCGGCGAAGGAUCAUCCGCAGCAAGAGGAUACCUCCAAAGAGGUACCGCCGGAAGAAGCUGGAAGCUUGCCGAGCGAAACUACUGCAGAGAAGAACAGCGAAAAGGAUGAAAAGAAAGCGGAGAACGGUUUGGUUGCGUCUACCGCCGAUGAUAAAAAGGCAUCGGAAGAAACAAAACAUCACAGCACGUCGAAGCACCACUCUUCAUCUGGCGAUUCGGAACGGAAGAAAGAUUCGAGCCACCGGCACAGUUCCAGCUCACGGUCAAAGUCGUCAUCCACAUCUUCAUCAUCACACGACAAAAAGCAUCGAUCAUCUGAAUCAUCCAGUAAAGAGAAGUCUAGCAGCAGCAUCACCACCACCAGUAGCAGCAGUAGUAGUAGCAAAAGCAAGCACCGAGACAAGGAACGGGAAAGCUCGCGAAGUCACUCGUCUAAACACUCCUCCGAUCGACAUCGAAGCUCGUCGGAAAAGGAGCAUCGGUCGCAUAGCAAAAGUAGUUCAUCGAAAAGCAGCAGUAGUAGCAGUAAAAGCAAAAGCCACAGCAGCACCAGUAAUGGUAGCAGUAGCAGCAAGAAAAAGGAACACAAAUCAUCAUCCUCCUCGCGAAGCGGCAGUUCCUCUACGCCGAAAUCUUCCAGCAAGGUGGAUGCGGAUUCGGAGAAAGUAGCUGCACCGGAACCAAAAUCCACCCAACCGCUGGAGGACGAAAUCUACCAGGAGCUGAUAAACAAUCCUCCGAGCGAUAUCGAUAUCGAUAGCGACGAGGACGAUGUGAUGCAGCAGUGUAAGAUGAUCUUCGAAGAGUACGAACCGGACGUACCGAAAGCGGCAGAGAACGAAACCAAAUCGAAUGGGCAAAUCGAUCUGAUAGACAUGUUUGCGGAUAAAUACUAUGACGAUAGCCGGAAGAAGCGCGUUGCGUACGAAAAUGCCUCCACAUCGAAGCCGGCGCCGGAGAAGAAAACGAAUCACGUGCAAAACGCCAUCAAAUCGGUCUACCUGCGGCAGGAGAUUGUUCGCAAGCAACAGGAAGAGCUAGCGGCACGGAAGCGAGCGGAGGAAGAGGUGAAACGGCAAAUCGAGGAGGAAACGCGUAAAGCAAUGACCAAGCCCGCCACCGUUCCGGCACCUGCAGUAAAUGGAUCGCCCGUCUCAUCCAUCGCCACCGGCACAUUCUACAGCAAAUCACCCGAAACACCCAGCCUCAGCACGCCCAAAAGUCGCUUCACACCCGCCGUCAAUGUGCUCGCCUUCCAGAAGGCAAAGGAAAAGAUUGAGCAACUGAAACGGAAUCAAUCCGCAUUCACGCCGGCCCAAACGGCGUCCAAAACGGGGGCACGUGUGGCCCAUACCGGCUCGGUACUAGCGACGAAGGCGGCUGCCACACCAGCCGCUCAAGCACCACCAAUACUGGAACCAUCGUCGAGCAAAAUAUCGUACAACAUACGGAUGCAGUAUUACGGGCUGAUGGUAAAGCACUGUCUCAACAUCUAUCCAACCUGCGAGGACGCGUGGGAGCGGGCGCAAACAGAAGAGCUGGCGGUGAUGAAGAAGUGUAGUACGGCCAUGAUUUACAAGAGCAGCGCCCUGCUCACCAUCAACAAGCUUCGAAAGGAGGCGCUAGAGACGGGAAAUGAGACGGUCGAUAAAAACAAAACCGUCUCUCACGACGUUAUACUGGCCGGAAAGAUGGUGCACAACAUUUCGUGGAGUGUCAAUAAGAAAUUAAAAACGGAAGUUAAAACGUCUGCCUACACAAUCGACAAUGCGCCCGGGACUGUGGCGUACAAAAUGAUACACGAAUGUCGCCUUACCGAAGAGCAGCUCCGCUCGAACGGAUUCCCCCGUGCUACGGACAUUCCCGGCAAGGCAAAGAUCCACACAUCCCGCCCAUCUCGACCACCGAACGAAAGCGAACGGUACUGUUCCCGCUGUUCCAAGGUGUUCCAUCUGGAUACGUACGAUGAACCGCAGGUCGAUGCGUGCAAUUAUCACCCGAAAAGCACCUGCUAUCGGCGUGGCUUUGCGGACAAUCUGCACAACUGCUGCCAGCAGCCGUCCGGUACGCCGGGCUGCAUGUACGCCAACUAUCACGUGUCCAGCUUCAUGGACUAUGACGAUCUGACCGGGUUCGUGAAAACGAUCGAACCGGCGGAAGAUUAUCAACCGUCGAAGAAGGACGUGUUUGCGCUCGAUUGCGAGAUGUGCUACACUACGGGCGGGCUCGAGCUGACGCGCGUUACCGUGGUCGAUAUUAACGAGAAGACUGUUUACGAUACGCUAGUGAAGCCGCUGAAUCGAGUCGUUGACUACAAUACAAGGUUUUCCGGCAUCACGGAGGAUAUGUUGCGAAAGACCACCACAACGCUCCACAACGUACAGGCCGUACUGCUUUCGAUGUUCAACUCGGAAACCAUCCUCAUCGGGCACAGUCUUGAGAGUGACUUUAAAGCACUGAAGCUAAUCCACGACGUGGUGGUCGAUACGUCCGUGCUGUACCCGCACAAAAUGGGUCCACCGAAGAAGCGUGCGCUCAAGACGCUGUGCAUAGAGAAUUUAAAGAAAAUUAUUCAAGAAAACGAUGCUGGGCAUGACAGUGCGGAAGACUCGGUUGUCUGCAUACAGCUCAUCAAGCACUACCUACGCAAUCGCAUUCUGUGAUUCCAAAUUAACAUCGCCAGCCAACAACCACAGAAGCGCAACGGUGUGACGGCACCGGGACCACCGGCGGACCGGCUGCUCCUCGCACUGUUCCUGAUCGAACCAUCGAUAUUUAUUUGGAUCGAUUUUAUGUUUCGAUAAUGUACAACGCUUAGUUCAUGAAGCGCAGCUGAACUAUCAAUAAAUUAUUGUCAACCCAACUGCCUUACACAUAGAACAGUAUGUGUGCGUGUGUGUGUCCGUGUGUGCAUAGUGCUGCAUGUGCCGCAAUAGAAUUCCGCGACCAAAACGUCAACAAUAAAGAAACGCUAUCAUGGCGAAGAAACAAA